AUUCGAAAACUUUGACAGGUAUGUCAACAAAUGUCAAACUGGGAAACAACAAAAAAAAAUUAAAAAAAUCCAAACAAAAAACUAUGCCAAACUGAUUAGUGUUGUGGUUAAUUAAAUAAAUUUGUUGUCAAAAUUGUCUUAAAAUAUUAAUGUAACUCAGUGCAAUUGUCAUGAAUGCUACCAGUUUGUAUGUGUCUACAUCACGACUCGUUUUCCAACAUGAAUCGGGUGAUCAAAAUCUUUCCGAUUUAUACCGGUUGAUCCCAUAUCUUCGCCAAGCUUUGUCGUGCACCGUUUGUGGAAGUCUCUUAAUCGAUCCGUACACACCCAGAGAAACUCAAUGUCAGCAUCAUGUAUGCCGUAAUUGCUUAGGCGGACGAAAGAAUUUGAAACCAAGUUGCAGUUGGUGCCGCGACUAUCAAAAAUACGAGGGAAACUCACAAUUACGAAUCUUGCUGCAAUGCUACAAAAGUCUGUGCGAAUACAUAAUCUCGAAACCAAUGUACAAAUCAAUGAGCAGUCAGUUGCAAACUAGCGGAAUGACAAACGGAAGCAGUUCAAUUUCCACCAGCAGUUUAUCGGAUCUAAUCGACGAAGGUGCACGGUUCCAGGAUAACUACAAAAGCAAUUCAGGUCUUCUAAAAUCGGCUUAUUCGAUGUUACCAUGCGUGUACACGAAUAACUCUGCUACACAAACGUUGCAAAACAGUUCGAUAACGACAACAAUUACGAAUAAGCCAGUCGAGGUUAAUGAACCACAUCCAGUAAAGGUUAAUAAUAGUGCACCGAUAAAAACGGUGUCGAAUGGAUCAGCCUUGUAUUCUGUGAUGUAUGCUGGUACGGGAAACAAAAUAACGAUCAAACGUUCGAAAGUUGAAGAUGGUCCAAUGACUGCCGGUCACAGUUCUAGUGGUGCCAGUAGCAGUAGUAGUAGUCGUAACAAUAGCAGUAAUUGUAGUGGUAACAAUGCUAUUAGAAUUGCUUCCGCUGCAACCAGUAGCACAACGGCCAAGUCGACGAUCGCUAGCAGAGAUUUAAGCAAAGAGUUAAGUGGAAUUGUCCAAUUCAAGAAACCAGCAAGGUCAAAAACAGUACAGCAGCGGAAGGGCUGUCGUUGCGGGAACGCAACAGCCAAGCCUGGAAAACUGACGUGCUGCGGCCAACGGUGUCCCUGUUACGUUGAGUCGAAGAGUUGUGUGGAUUGCAGGUGUCGUGGAUGUAGAAAUCCCCACAGGGCUGACGGUUUUAAGAUUCGACCGCACAUACCGGAAUUAGAUCGCAUCGAAAUAAUCAAUCCGGAUGGUAGCACAUCACAGACCAACUGCAUCGAAUUGCCUUCGAUGAAUACAUCAUUUUCGGCUGCAAACACUAUCAACGAAUCGAACAGCAGGUUAAUACAUCAAAUACAAGACCAUCAAAUACAGGAUGGGCCUGACAUAUCGUUGGACGGCGAUUCGAUUGUUUUCCCCAAUAACAUUGACGACGAUAUACGUGUCGUGUACACCGCUCAUUUACCAGCCAUUCUAAUGCAAGAAAAUCCAUCACAUGCCUCAUCAAUUCCAUCACCUUCAAUGACCUCAUCAAUAUUUUCCGAUAAACAACCGGACAUUUUUCAGCACGACACAAUUCAUUCGAUAUUCGGCGAAGAAAUUCUGACCAGCGCUCCGUUUUCCGAUGAAGGCUGUUCAUCGGAAGCUGGUGAUCAGAGUGACGUGGAAAUCGACAUAUGAGACUCGUAAGCCCUGCAUUUGUAUCGUUUCUUUAGUUUUUAUAUGUUUAGUAGGUGUUUCGAUAUGGUUUCUAAUUUAGAGCGGUGGGACAUGCAAUUAAGAGGUUCGAUUCGCAUUGUUUUGAACACUCUCCAAUCAAUCGAGAUGGUUAGACGUCGUCAGUCAAUUACUAGUUCAGAAUGUCUAGAGUAACGAAUAGGAAUUUUAUGCUAAUUUAAACGUCCAUGUCACACACUUGCUAUGACUUAUUUUAACCCAUAGAAAGUGUCCCAUUUAUUUUAUUAAAUUUAUUUGUAUAAUUUGUGAGAUGAAAUUUCUAAAUCGCUACUGAACGCUGAGAAGCUGAUACAUUUGCGUUCAGUAUCGAGUCACCAUGCAAUUAGUGUUUUAGAAUGAACCUGUCUCCCAACCCAAUGCAUAUGUUACAACAACAACAAAAACUUGGGACUUUAGAUAGUUGAUGUGGUCUGAGUGGAGCAAUCAAAGGAGAUUUUCGGAUGUAGGCAAAGAUUUAAGUUUUCUGAUAUCGAUUUUCGUUUUUCGGUUAGAAUCGUUAAGUUUAAUUUGUGUUUUGGAAAUUCUGAAUUAAUUCUGUAAGUGAUUCACUUCCGGGGUUAAAUCAAAUCCAAUGAAUUGAAGUAACUUGUCCCUCCUCCCGUCUUUUUUUUUGUUGACCUACAACUAGUUGUGCUUCCAGUUAAUGUUUCAAAUUAACACGUAAAAUAGAACGUUUGUCGUCUUCCUCCCCUAUGUCAACUAAUUUUCCAAACUAGUGUUCCAACGUCGUUUAAGAAAAACAUUGUUCCCGAAUUAUACUGAGAGGUUUUUUAGCGAAUUCGAUUCGAAAACUCGCCUCCGGCUCAUUCGCUAAAAAAGUCUUUCAGUUCAGCGUUAGCCAUUCGUAUGGUUUGAUAUUUUAGUUACUCAUCUACACCUUCCAUAAUUUUACAUUUAGUUCGUUACACUCUAAAACAUCGAGUCGAUAGAAAAGACCCAAAAUAGAGAUCCCGCUUUGUAUAUUUUUGGUUAACGUAUCUACAGAGUCUGAAACAUUUUUUUUGCCAAAACUGAGCUCAAUAAGACUACACAACACAGUUGAUUUGUUGUUUUUUUCUUCAACGACAGGGCCUUUUAUUGAGAAUUUUUGUAAAUAAUUUCAGUAAUUCUGUCAGUAAUUUCUGUGACUUCAGUAUUUAAUAGGACCUGGAUCAAUGUCGAUCGCAACAUUUGGGAGCGGAACAACCAAAACUUGUGCUAUGAUCUGUACUUUUUAAGAACAAUAAUCUUACAGAUUGAGAAUCAUAAGAACGAAGAAUGUAUUCGAAUUCAUUUCACCUUGCCGUUCCACCUUACUAUACAUCACAUCAUUACAUAUGAAGUAACUGUUAGACUUGUCUUAGAGCAUCUUGGAUUCUUCGAAAAAAUGUUCCACCAGUACACGAGAUAACGUUCCAUGACCGUUUCUCUAAAAAGAAAAGUUCUGUAGUUUUCGAGCUAUUUCAAAACGAAAUUUGGUUCAUAAGGCGACAGGUUAUCAUAUGUAACGUGAUGUCAUUCGAUUCUGUUGUCACUACAUUUGGUGGAAUGAACGGAGAGAGUAGGAUUGUAUGUUGUCCAUUUAUAUAAGUCUGAAUCCCUAUUUACUUGAUUCUGUCAAAUUGACAGUGUUAGUCUCACCAUGUCCUGAAUGGAGUUUUCCCAGUACCCUUUUUAACAAACAAACUCCGCUUUGACUUCGCUGUCAAAAUACCACCUUAUUCCUUUGUGAUCUAUCUAAUGUUUUCUAUGUGAGUUCUUCAUGUUUUUAUGCUUGAUUUCCACUUGCUCUCCGUUUGCUUUCCGUUUACUUUUUGAACAAUAAAAAAGAGGCGCAGUUUAGCAAAACGGACGCAAAACGGCGUGGAAAUCAAGCAUUACUCUCAAUAUGUAUUCGUAUGUUUUUGCACAUCUUUUUCUAUUCAUCUGUUAUCGAUAACAACGACAAAAAUAAUGACAAGCUCUGGGUAACAUGGUCCCUUAUAUAGAAAGAUGCAUGUUUAAAAAAAUGAAGUACGAGAUUUGAAUUCAACCGACUAAAAAUACUUUGAUCGAUGGAAGUAAUUUUAUACAAAAUCCACAUUUCAUAGUUUAAUACGGUUGUCACAUACGCUCACUGACAUUUGACACUUUAAACACUGAUGGGAACCUGUAACCUUAAAAACUAAAAUUCCAUACAAUGGCUGGUUUUAAGAUGUUCGUCAUUGCAAGGUUAGGUCAGGAUUUCCCCGGGAUGAAAAUUCGUAGGUUGGAUAUAUUUUGUUGCAGACAUAUUCCAGCUUGUCUAUUGUACUACCUUGAGUAGUCUGGUGAUCUUGCUCACAAUAGCAAGGACCCAAUUUUGAACAUCAGAGAUGUGGUUUCAGGCGACAUGCAUGAAACAAAAAAGGGAAUAUAAUUUUUAGUUGACGAACACCGAUAUCAGAAAAUCUUAAACGUAACUAUGCAUUGCAUCUCCAUUGAUAACAUCACAAGAGGUGACCAUUUUUAUUUAAAAAAAAAACCCAGUCUGUAGAAUCAAAUAAUUGUACUGUCUAAGCUAAACAAAAAGAAAAAAAAUUGCCCUAAAAAUUACAAAACAAAUACAAAUU